GCUCCCUCCUGUCAUCUUGCCCUGCUCUGGCUACUCUGCCGUCAUCUCUGCCCCGCAGUGCCACCUCUCCUCCGAGCCUCCUCGGAGCUGAGCUGCUCUCUUCCUCCCCUGCUCGGGCUGCUCUCCCUUUGUUCCAUCGGACUUGGUGAGACUCCGGAAAGAUACAGACUGAGGCGGUCACUCGCCCCGCCGGUGGCUCCUCUAACCAGCCCCAGGCACUGACCCUUAGUCUGCCUGCCCCCCACUCUUUCAAAACCUCGAUCUGGCCCCUGGGGGCAGGAGGGGAUGAGGUGGAACUGGAUGCGGUCACUGAUUUGCAGCAGCCAAGGGAUGACAGCUGGAGGGGCGUCCUUGACCUUCCCAACCGAGGGAUAGCUCCGGAUCAACUGUUUGCGAAGUCGAUGAGCCGGAAACUGGAGACUCAAUGGGCACCGGGCGGACUGGGGGGGCGGGGAGUAGGUGGAUGUUGGCGCCCCGAACCCCCGCCUCCGCCCUCGAGGUCCCCGGUCCGGGGGGAUUUAUAAUGAGCGGGUUCCGCAGCCAAGCUCAGGGGUCUGGCGGCCACCUCGAAGGAGAAAGAGAAGGCGGAGGAAGAGGAAGAGGAAGGAGGACUGAGGACUCCGCUUGGAGCUGAAAUUCAGUCAGCUAGCAUCUCGCCUAGCUCAGGCGACAAAACCCAGGACUGAGCGGGGCCGGGAGAACGGCCUACGGCUCCCUAGUGAGGCUUUCUCUGGCUCUCCUUCGGUCUGCAGCCUCCAGUCCCCAUGGCCAGAGGAGUCGGGGCCCUCGCGGUCCUCGCUGCCUUCUUGAUCCAAGGCUCCUCUUCGCUCUCGGUUCCGCAGAGGACUGAACGCCACGUGGACGGCGCCUUCACCAGCGAGCUGAGCCGCCUUAGGGAGAGUGCUUUCGUUCAGAGCCUGGUCCGCUCGCUGGUCGGCCUGGGGCCCAGGACCCAGAGACACUCGGAUGGCACCUUCACCAGCGAGCUCAGUAAAAUAAGAGGAACCGCCAAGGUGCGCCGGCUUAUCCAGCCGCAGGUGGUUAAGCGCAGCUCAGUGAGAAUCCCCGAAAAGGCCACUGGAAGGAGCUUAGGGAGGGGAAAUGGGCCCCUGGCCCCCUCCUGGAAGGAUUCACUUUGCCUGAAGUGGCUGCAUCUGUGCCUCCCACAGGACGGAGCCGUGCUUCGAGGGAGAUCCAUCAGGAGUCCCUGUCCCUUGCUGUGCAAAGUCAUUCCUUGGCCAGAGGCUGAGCCUGAAAGGAAGGGAGCCUUGGCAUGGGAGGGGCCUCAAAGCCAAAGAAAUUGGCAGCUCUGA